UAUCAUGUGACAGAUCAUCUCAUUACCGUAUUUUUCGGACUAUAAGACACACCGAAUUAUAAGGCGCACUGUCAAUUUUUGAGAAAAUUAAAGGCUUUUAAGUGCGCCUUAUAGUGCGGAAAAUUUUUAAAAAAACAUUAUUCUAUUUCCAUGCAAGUCAUUGAUUUCAGUGUUCAUUUUAAAAUUAAAGCAGCGGUGUGAUCAACAAAAGAGUGAGUAUUUUCUGUACAACCCAAAAGUAGUUACAUCGAGGCCAACUGGAAUGGUAGUUUUUCCAUGUUUGCCCCUCAGGUCACAACACUCCUCCCUUUGGUUUUGGGUGUGGUCACCCCUUUAGUUUUCUCCAAAGACCCUCUCUUUCAGGUGUUCAGCCUCUCUGAGUUUAAACAGCAGAAACUACCCAACAGUUAGCUAGAACUGAGGAAGCCUCUCGUACGAGUCCAGUCCAGUUGACCUUGGUGUAACUACACAGACAAUUUUCUGUACAAGUUUACAUGUUGUGUGCAUUUGCCCUUUGUCCUUGCUGCUAUGUGCUCUGGUAUGUAGCUAAAGGUCGGGGCCAAGUGAGGAGCAGGAUGGCAGGGGCCCUCUGAGGGGGAGCUGGCGUCAGCAGGAGUCAAAUGCUUGAGAAAAUGAUUAGUUACUAAGCCGAGUUCAUUACUCCCCUGAAACGGUGACUGAAUGAGGUAACGUGUGUUAUGAAGGAACAGCAAGUGCCCUGCACAUGUGAUCAAUUUAAGCAAUGUUGUCAUUCCAGAAACUUCCCGUCCAUUUUUUUUUUCUUUUUUGCAACGCUGCAUGACUUCACAAGAAUUCAAGAGCAGGCUGUACUUGAGAAUUUAGCAAGUCAGAACAGCUACACACACACACACACACACACACACAGACAUAACCUCAGUGUGCUGCCUGUCCAAAAUGAUGUAGGUGAAAGGACGUAAGACUCUGAAACUUCUCAGAGUACUGUCUCCUGAGACCUGAACCUUCCCCUCGUUUACACGUGUCAGAUGUGUCAUUUGCUGCAUCAUCAAACUAGAGUCACACAUGCAUCAAAGAAAUGUUAUGACAAUAAAGCUAAUGGAGCCUCCAAAGUACACAGCGUGGGAUUUAGCAACACCUAGUGGUGAUGGUAAUAGUUACCUGCUGUACUUGAAAUUCUCCCAGCUCGUUUGUUUUAGUCAAAGCAAAAAUAGAACAUAGAAACACAGAACAGAAACAGAACAAUAGAACAAAUAGAACAUAGUCAGCAAAUUUAGGGAAAACUAAAGGGAAAACAUUCAACACUAACGAUAUUCUAUUAUUUGUUUAGUAUUAGUAUUUUCCUGUCCAACUUAAUUAUUAUAGCUAGAGCAAAUGUUUUGACGUGUUUUUUAUUUUAUUUUAUUUUAUUAAUCCAGGUAAUUUCAUUGUGUGUAGAGUUUUAUAAAGAAAGGUCGUCGUGUGUGCAAUCUUUUCUAAUCGGAGACUUCAUUCUGAGAAAAUCUGCGUGUGCUGAUACAUAAUAAAAAGACUGAAUCGUAUCUUAAACACUGUGUGAUUUCAUUAGGACAUGUUGCAUAACCAUUGAUAAGAACGUGUGGUCAUGAAGGGCAACCGUGACUGACCUCUGUAAUUCAUUGUGACAUGGUGAGUUCUCACACAGUCACUGACGACACAUGGACCAAAGGGAAAGAUUGAAGGUCUGUGCCAUUCGUCACUCAUUCAUUGUUUUACUGUUAUGAGUAAUACAUGGAGAGUUUGUUUAUCCUGCUAAAGCUAAGACAGAUUUGGAUUAGGUGCGUCCUUAUGCGCAGUUGGUCAAAAUAUGGUUGUGUCAGCUGCAAAUGACAGAGAACUGACGUGGACUUUAAAAUGUACAAAGUUAAUAAACCAGAUUGGAUGGAUGGAUAGAUAGAUAGAUAGAUUUUUUAUUUCUUUCCCAUCCAUGUCAGUUUCCAGUGUUAAUUUUAAAAUAUCACACUGUUUAAAUGAGUAUAAGUUGCUCUGGAGUAUAAGUUGCACCAACCAAAGGAUGAAAAAAAGUGUGGCUUACAGGUGUAGCAGAUACUGGUACACAAGCCUAGGGGGCCCUCUAGCAGUCAGUGUGAAAAUAAAAAGCAUGUGAAAUUAUAUAUUUUAAUAUAUAAGUCGCACCUGAGUAUAAGUCUCAAACCCAGCCAAAGGAUAAAACAAAUACGUCCGGAAAAUACAGUAUCUAACUAUCUAUGUUGAAAAGGUUCCUAAAGAAAAAAGAAACACAAGAACACUAAAGAACACAUGUUUCAGCUGCAGUAAAAAUACAACAGUAAAAGAUAUGUCACGGUAAACUGCUUUGAUUGGUGGACUGGCCAUCCUGCAGUUUAAACCUGUCUCAUGCAUCAUGAAGAGGAGAAUCAGACCACGGCAUCCACAACCUUCUCCUGCAGCUCAACAGAAAUGACCCUCAUUACUAUCAAGUGUUCACACUUAAGUUUAAAUGUUAUAUUUGUUGCAGCGGUUUCAGCCUUAGGAAAUGAGUUUGUCAAUAAAUUUAAAAAAAUGAAAUAAAUCUGGCAAGACAUCUACACUGUGAAAUAUCCCAGUCUAGAACUGUUUCUCCAUGAAAUGCUCGUUGGAGACAGUUGAAAGGUUCUGAUUGUUCUGGACUGCAGACUAAAAGCUAUGAUAAGUGGAGACAGAAAAGGCGGCUUUUUUUAAUGUCGGCCGUCCAAGCUGUGGAGCUGGAAUCACUAAUGACCAGAUGACUGGAGAAUGGGGAAGGGGGAAGGACAGAUGGUCACGGACGUAGAAGACUGUGGUCGACACUUCCAAAAACAAAGAUUGAAACCUAUGUCACUUCAUAAGAGUAAAAGACGGAAUUUAAUAGAUGGAAAAUAAACUUCCGAUGUACUUGAAAUGGACAGAUGUUUUGGUGAGUGGUAGUGCGUGUGCUACGGCGGGCUAGUUGGACCGUUUCUGUUCAUCCUUUGCUUAAAUUAUCUGCAUUUUUUUUAAUAUAUAGGUAACAAAAUACCCUGGAGAUGAAUUUUCAGAACAAAGUGAGAGAUUGUAAAAAGGUGAUGAUUAAGAAAAUGUAGUUCAGACUUAAGAAAACAGAUGUGUUUCCAGUUCUUGGUAUUUCUGCAUUUAAAUUUUUUUUUUACUUUUUCUUCCUUUUUAUAGGUCAGCUUCAAUUUGACCUGACACAGAAAGAAAAAAAAGAGGUCUCUCUCUCACUCUCUCUCUCUCUCACACACACAAACACACACCCUCACUCGUUCUCUGUUCCUCAUUCCCAGAGCAGAAGCACGGAGAGUUUACACAUUCAUAAACAUCAUGCUCUGUGCGUCAUGGAAGGAACCUUCCCACGUAUGUUAUGUAUAUGAACGAAUGGCUUUGGCUAAAGGAACAGCCCCUCCCCAGUGAGGCCAUGACUGUACUUUCCAGAAAUAGACUCUGACUUGUUUUAAGUGGAACUAAUGCAUCAGUGAGGAGUUUCCAGCAGGAGCUGAUAUGAUGGAGGUCUGCCUGCAGCUCCUCCCACCAGCCAGGACCGGUUACUUACACAUGUACGCUCUAACACACUCUCUGACACCACACUGUACAUACAGGGGAUUUAGAAAUGCAUCUAUACACACACACACACACACAGAAAUGAUCAGAGGUGUAGGCAGUGUGACGCAAGCAACUCACGUCACCCUGACUCAAGUGUUUAGCUGUGGGGCACUGACUGACUGACGCUCUUUAGCAAGUUACGUUGAGCUAAAGAAAUGCCCAAAAUAGCAUCAUGUCUAUAAAAAUUCUCAGUCAUCCAGGUCAUGGUCAAGGUUGUAGAGUUCUGGACGGCAACUGGAUAUGAAUUUUUCUAAAAGAAGACGUAUCACCUUCUCAUCCAAGAGACUUCUUCAGUUCAAAUAGGAUCUUAUUUUUGGAAAAAUUGACCAAACACAACGUACUAUGCUAUGCUAUGCUAUGCUAUGCUAUGCUAUGCUAUGACACUCCCGUUGUCCUACGCAUUUUGACGACACCUAGCGUCCUCGCAACAGGUUUGCAUCUUGUCCCAGAACCAGAGUAUAAGGAAAAAGUUGGCCCAAGGCAUGCAGUACAAGAGCACACACACACAGAGACACACACAAACACAAAGGCAUAUUAUCAGCCACUGGGUCGCCUAGACCCAAAGGACAACACAAGAGUUAAAUAGAUGUUCUGCCUCAAAGUACACAUCGCAGGUAUGUUAUGUCAACACAUCACGUAAGUCUGACUCCCUAAAUGCCUAAUGUAUAUUUAGACACAGACUCGUUUGACAUCACAAGCUCAGUGAACCGGUUCUAAGAUGAAUGGAACUGGAGAUUAAAGAAAACUGAAUUAACAAAAUAAAAGUCUGAAAUUAAAGCUUUAAUAACCCUAACCCUAACCCUAACACUAACACUAAUGUUAACCCAACUUUACCUUAACCCCUAACCUUAACUAUCCUUCAACUCCAACCUUAAAAACCCUAACCCUAAUAACCUCACCCAACUACACUAGCCCCACCUUAACCCUAACACUAACUAAGCCUAACCCUAAUUUUGCCUUAACCCUUACUUUUCUAACCCUCACCCUAAACUGUACCACUAACUCCUCGCCCUAACAGCACCCUAACCCUAUCCCCUAUCACCCUCCCCCAAAAUCUACAUCAAGCAAAUUAUGGGCCAUUUUCAUUGGAGGUCUAUAUUAUAACAUAUUUAACAAAAUGUGUCACUGCAUGAAAAACCCACACUGAAAUUUCUUCUUAAGGUUUCGAGUCUCUUGUACUAGGACAUUUAUCAGUGUGAGGUCCACCAAAGCAGUACUUUCAGAGCAGUCCUGCUGCUUUACCGAUCUUUAUCACCAGAGGGUGUUAUUUUCCUUUACCUGGGAGAGCAGCCAAUUAAAUACCAAGCUGUUACCCAAUGCUGUUUUGUCAAACCAAUCCUUAUGAAAUGGGGUGUUUAAAAGAUUUUAGAGAAGAUGUGUUUGGAUGUGGCUAGGACUGAGGCAAUGCCUGAUGGUAAAAAAAAAAAAAAAAUCCUAAUGAGGAAACACAAGCGGUGCAGUCUGAGAAAUGAAAACAUUGCAAAGGUGAAAGGCAAAUAUAGUGGAAUAAGGCAUUAACGCUGGGGUAUUUCUGCAGAAUAAUUGCCCUCUCAAACUACUCGCAAAAAUUGUUAGCAUGCACUGGAACCCACUGGAACUUUGGAAAAGCCUCUCUCUUACACACAUACACACACAGACAAACACACUAGCCAGAUGGCAGACAGAUGUUUAAUAGACAGGGUCAAGGAGUCCAUAGAGUAAUUGUCUGCUCUACCUUUUCUCAUUACUCCCUGCAUUGCAUCACCACAUGCCCAUAAAACCAGGACAUUUCCUGCAGAAUGGAAAGCAUGUACUAGUCUCUCACACACACGAAGGAUCCAUCUCUCUCUCUUUUCCUCAAACACUUCGGUCCUGCUCUUGGACAACCCUUCCCUCGUGUAAGAAGCACAUUAACGGCGAUCCAGAAUCCCUCCUCUAUCUUGUUAUGUCUGACUCCUCGCUCUCGCCUCCUUCCGAGUGUUUUCCUGAGUACUUGCAGGAAGGAGCCGAUGACGGCCAAUUAAUUCAAGCAGCAACAGAUAGAUGAUGACGGUGCAUAAGGAGAGGAGGAGAAGUUUCUAUAAUCCUAUUACUCCUGCCUGGGCUAAUCCAUACGAGUGAACAGCACCUCCAGGUCAUACUGGUAGGUACGCGUGGUGACACGCGCUACAUGAUAACUACAUAUAACAAAAGAUAAACUGCACACCAAAGACUGACAACAUGUCAGAUAUGAAGGACACGCUGUUGCUGGGAUCAGAGGGAAUCAAGAAAACAAUCCUCCAUGGAGGGACCGGAGAAAUUCCGAAACUCAUCACUGGAGCAAAGGUGACGUUCCACUUCCGCACCCAACUGUGCGACGAUGAGCGCACGGUGAUAGACGACAGCAAGGUUGUCGGGAGGCCCAUGGAGAUAGUGAUCGGCAACAUGUUCAAACUGGACAUUUGGGAGGCCCUGCUGUCCUCCAUGAGGACUGGUGAGGUGGCCGAGUUCUGGUGCGACACCGUCCACACUGGUGUCUAUCCUAUCGUGUCUAAAAGCAUGCGGCGCAUUGCGGAAGGCAAAGAUCCGGUGGACUGGCACAUCCACACCUGUGGCAUGGCCAACAUGUUCGCCUACCACAGCCUCGGCUACGAAGACCUGGACGAGCUGAUGAAGGAACCGAAACCUCUUUACUUUGUCUUUGAGCUGCUCAAGGUGAGAACACACACACAUNNNAACAGGGAGUCAUGGGCUCUGAGCGACGAGGAGAGACUGAAGGUGGUUCCGGUUCUGCACGGUCAGGGUAACAAGCUCUACAAGCAGGGGCACUACCAAGAGGCAAUGCAAAAGUACAAGGAGGCCAUCAUCUGCAUCAAGAACGUUCAGACCAAGGAGAAAGCCUGGGAAGUUCCCUGGAUGAAGCUGGAGAAGAUGUCCAACACCUUAACCCUGAACUACUGCCAGUGUUUGAUUCGCACUGAGGAGUACUACGAGGUCAUCGAGCACACCAGUGACAUCAUCAAUCAGCAUCCAGGGGCCAUGAAGGCCUUCUACCUGAGAGGGAAGGCCCACAUGGAAGUGUGGAACGAAGCCGAGGCACGGCAGGAUUUUGACCGAGUGCUGGACCUUGAACCGGGCAUGAAGAAGACCGUGAAGAAGGAACUGGCCAUUCUCAACAUGCGCAUGGAGGAGAAGAACGAGGAGGACAAGAAGAAAUACAAGGGCAUGUUCUGAGAAGGUUCCUGCAGCUAACGAUAGAGAAGAGUCCAUCAGAUGUUUACAUUUGUUAUUUAGAGUUGAAAUUUAAAAAAAAAAAUCCACUUAAUUUUUUCUUAUUUUUCUUAAUUUACUUUUCAGCUUCAUUUCUAAAUUUAAUGAUUUUAAUGAUAAAAAAUUUUUUAGAGGGUUUUAUAUAUCUAUUUAAGUUUACACAUAUCCACAGUAUGGGGCAAAAAACGUUGUUUUGUUUCUUCUUCUUUUUGUAAAGACACUGUCUCUCCGCAAGAGGGCGCUCGGCGCACAGUUGUGAUCAUUUUUGUCUCAGCUACUGUUCAAAGAGAAAAAAAAAAUCUGAGCAGCAUCAGUUCUUCACGAGGAGUCUGGGGGCCUAUAAAUGUAAACGAUCUGACUCAUAUAUGCUGCUCGUCUCCCUGCAGUCUUCUCUAUCUGCACGGAUUUCAGAGCUUUUGUCACUGAGAAAACACACGGUGCGGCAGACAAAGGCGGACAGAGAAGUACUAGUUUCACAUACAAGCAAACAUGAACGAAUAGAUAAAGUAAGUCAUCUGAAAACACGGUGGUUUUGCACCACGCUCAGCUCAAUUACAACUAAAGAGUCACUGACUGCAUUGUUCUCCAGCGCCACCACAGGUCACAGUUGCACUGCAGCCGUCUGUCUGGACCAAUGCUAACGCGUCAGUCCAACAAUCGAGAAAAUCAAUGAGUCAGGAUUGAAAAAUAUAGAAUAAAACGAUGGUGAUUUCUGACUCAUGUUCCGUGUCAUGUGUCACUGGAGCUCUAAUGAUGUGGUGGAUCUGGAACAGACAUUUGUUUUUACAGAAAAAGAGGAAAAAAUGAAUUAUAUGUAAGUUGUUUCUUUCCCCGAAUGUCCGAUAGAAUGACUGGGGAGACGCUGAUCUGUGCUGUGAGCUUCACUGAACCCGCUCUGGACUAUGACACUGACUGAGCGAGUAAAUUCUGCAUAGCAGCACAAUCUGCUGCUGCUGGCUCUCCUCCAUAAACUACUGGUGCUGAUGUUGAAGAGAGGGGAAGAAAAGGAUUGGUAGGGUGGGGAGAAGAGGGGAGGGCAGGGGAGGAGAGGGAAGGGAAGGGAAGGAAGGGGGUUCCAAGAUGAAACGUUUGUCAAGUUAGUAAAAGAAAGCAGGAAGUGAAGUGGUGGGCAGCAGAAAAUAAAAUACAACCGUUAGCUUUGUGAACGUAUGAAAUGAACAAUAGCUAUGGGGGAAAAAAAUUGCAUUUGUGACGUCCAUUGUAUUUGAACAAAGAACAUUGAACAAUUUGAAUGAAUGAAUAAACAAAUAAAAAACUACUCAUUUAAAAAUAUUACAAAUGUUUUGAUUUAGAGGAAAAUGUGAAUAAAGAAAAUAAUGAUAAUUUAUUAUUAUUAUUUGUUAUUAUUGUUGUUGUUGUAAUUGUUAUUAUUAUUGUUAUUAUCAUAUUUUAAUCAGACGUGGUGGUGGUGGUAGUAAUAGUAGUAGUUUUGUAAUAUAAAAUUUGAAGGACUUUGUGUAAUCAACCUUUAAUUCUGUAAUAGUAACAAUUGUAAAACAACAAUAACUAGAUUGAUUAUUACUCUUGUAGUUGUUGUA